UUGUUUUUGGCUGCGUUGGGUCUUUGUUGCUGCACGCGGUCUUUCUCUAGUUGUGGUGAGCGGAAGCUACUCUUUGUUGUGGUGCAUGGGCUUCUCAUUGCGGUGGCUUCUCGUUGCGGAGCACGGGCUCUAGGCGCACGGGCUUCAGUAGUUGGAGCACACAGGCUUAGUAGUUGCGGCAUGUGGGCCCUAGAGUGCGCGGGCUCUAGGGCGCGUGGGCUUCAGUAGUUGUGGCAUGGGGGCUCCGUAGUUGUGUCUCACGGGCUUAGUUGCUCCGCAGCAUGUGGGAUCUUCUGGACCAGGAAUUGAACCUGUGUCCGCUGCAUUGGCAGGCAGAUUCUUAACCACUGUACCACCAGGGAUGUCCCUCCCAUUCCUUUUUUUAAUUAGUUAAUUUAUUUUUGGCUGUGUUGGGUCCUCGUUUCUGCGCAAGGGCUUUCUCCAGUUGCGGCAAGCGGGGGCCACCCUUCAUCACGGUGCGCGGGCCUCUCACUGUCGCGGCCUCUCUUGUUGCGGCGCACAGGCUCCAGAUGCACAGGCUCAGCAGUUGUGGCUUACGGGCCCAGUAGCUCUGUGGCAUGUGGGAUCCUCCCAGACCAGGGCUAGGACCUGUGUCCCCUGCAUUGGCAGGCGGACUCUCAACCACUGCGCCACCAGGGAAGCCCCCUCCCAUUCCUUUUUAUCUUGUGCACUUGAGAGUUGUAAAGCUAACAGAGAUGGGCAUUAAGUCAUUUUACAGGACCUGAAACUGCCAGGGAAGUGCUCCUUGGCACCUAGAUGGAGGCAGGGGACAGCCAACUCUAAGGCAUGCUGCACGUUAAAGCAGUGCCAGAACCUGUGAUGAAUCCCAGAGGUCCUAGGGAGUCAGAAGGGUGUGUGUGAGAGACAAUUCUCGAGGGCAAGUGACCAUGUUAGGGUACCUACUAUCACAUCACCAACCAUCUUCACCUCAGUGGGGUUCUUUUGGGAAGUGAUGUACCUCCAUAAGGGAAAAUAGUGAAGAAAAAGAAAUCAUUUAUUUAUGCAAAUACUCUGGCCACCAGCCUACAAAUUGCUUUGGGGGUUAGGGAAUGGCUUUUGGGAGCCCACAGGAGUGAGAGAAGUCUAUGUAUAUUACUCCAUUUCAUCUUCACUAUAGAAGGGUAAUUUCUGCUCUGACACUGAUGAGCUGGGAACCUCAGGUAAGCUGGCACCCUUAGUUAGGUCUUCUUGUGUCUGAAAGCACAGUGAUGCAAUCUCUCUAUAGUUAGGGGUGUGUGUGUGUGUAUGUAUGUGUGUGUGUAUACAUAUAUAUGUAUAUUAAUACAUAUAUAUGUAGUAGUAUAUGUAUACUACAUGUACAGUGUGUCAAAACAAUAAGGAAACUUUCUGUCACAUAAGAGGUCCAGAGAUAACAUAGCUUCAGUUUCUUUUUAAAAAAAAAUAAAUUUAUUUAUUUUUCUCUGCAUUGGGUCUUCGUUGCUGUGCAUGGGCUUUCUCUAGUUGCAGCGAGUGGGGGCUACUCUUUGUUGCGGUGUGCGGACUUCUUAUCGUGGUGGCUUCUCUUGUUGUGGAGCACGGGCUCUGGGCGCCUGGGCUUCAGUAGUUGUGGCUCACAGGCUCCGUAGUUGUGGCUCGUGGGAUCUAGAGCGCAGGCUCAGUAGUUGUGCUGCUUUCAAUUUAUUGACUUCUGCCCUCAGGGUUACAAAAUAGCUGAAGCAGCUCCAGACAACACAUUUGCACAUAAUAUCCAAAGGUGAAAAGAAAGAGGAAAGCUCUCUUAGAAGACCCUAGGUUUCCCCUUGCAUCCCACUGUACAGAAUUAUGUCACAUUUCCAUUCUUAGACCAGUCACUGGCAAGGAGAAUGGAAUUUCCAAGUUGGACUUAGACAAGUUAAGAUUUACCCACACUGGUCAAGUGGUCAGCAAAGAAGAAGGGAGAGAGUAGAUAGUGCCACUUAUUAACUUAUUUGCAAAUAUGGAUAAUAAUGGCAAAUAUUUUCAUAGAGUUGCUGUGAAGAUUUAGUGAGUUAAAGUGUUUACAGUAGUGCCUGGUACAUAAUAAGUGCUCAGUAAAUGCUAUUAUUAAAUAGCAUUUGUUAUUAAAUAGCAGUUCUACAGAUGAGAAAAUGGAUUCAGAAAGCUUAAGUGCCUAUGUGUCAGACCUGAGACUAGAAUUAAGACCUGGUUGACUCCAGAACCCACACUUUCCACUGCACCAGUUGCCAAAGUUGGAAGUGGGCAGGUGUGGCACCCCUGCUCUUCAACUUGAAGGUAGAUGGGAUGAUCGGUUCAAUGUAAUUAAAUCUCCAUUGCUUCCCAGAAUUGCCCUUCUGCAUGAAAAUUUUGAAGCCCUUGAAAGUAGAGCCUGGAAACCCUGGGAUCUUGGCCUCUUACCAUCUCCACCCCUUCCAGGAUUCCAUAGCCAGCUUGUCUCCAACCAGGACUUUGAGUAAAACCUCACACAGCUGGUAUUAGAUUGAAGGCUCCUAUUUACCGAGGCUUGGCCUGUAAGCUGAUUUAGCAGCUACAGGGCCCUUCAAGCUUGGCUGUAGGGCCCACCUAGCAGCUUCAGGAAAGGCAGGGUGCUGGAAGAGUAGGCUGGCCAGCUGGUAUGGAGGAGCAGUUGGGAUUGACAGCAGCAGGAGUAUCUUUAGCUUUAGCUGUGCUGCCUCACCCCAAGGAGAAGCCAGGCCUUAGGAAACGGGCCCCCCAAACCACAGCCUAAGCCUUGGUCAGGUCGGCACAAUGACAUUCAGCUGCGAGGCCUUCCUUAUACUUUGCUAUCUCCCUCCCUGUGCCCCCUUGCCUUGCAAUGACAUUCCCUUCCCUUGGGGCCCUGGCUGCACCCCACAAACCCUGCUCACAGCUGCCACAGGUGGACUCCAGCCCUUCCAGCUGUUGAGCCCAUUCUUCAUGUCGUGUCUUGGGAUUAGUCAGUUGAUGGGAGGGCCUAGGAUAUGUGGGUGGCAGUGGAUUCUCAUCUGUCUCAGCUCCUUAAACCCAGGCCCCCAGGAACCCAAAGAGAUCUGCAGCAGCCAGAGCAGCAAGAGUUUUAAAUCAGACCCAGGACUUCUUUGUGGUCAAAAGGCAAGGGGGAAGGAAACAAGACUGGAAGGCCUGUGAGACGUGAAACCUUUUCAGCUCUGCCCAGGGUGCUCCAGGCAAGCCCCAGGAGAGGACCUUCACCAGGCCCAAGGUCCGAGAUGAACAGCAGCGCUGGGGACCUGGGUGUUGGUGCUGGCGGCCGCAGCCCCUGGGGCGACCCUGCUGGCUUCAUUGUGGUGCCCACAGCCUACGCCUUGGCGCCGGGCCUGGGGCUGCCGGCCAACGUGGCGGCCCUGGCAGUGUUCGUCCGCCGCGGCAGGCGCCUGGGCCAGGCCCUGCGUCUCCACCUGCUCAACCUGGCCAUGGCCGACGUGCUCUUCAUGCUUACACUGCCGCUGCGGCUCACCUACUACCUGGGCCCGACCCACUGGCCCUUCCUGGAGGCUGCCUGCCGCGCGGCCGGGACCACCUACUGCGUGUCCACCUACGCGGCCUUGGCCUUCGCGGCGCUCACCAGCGUGUGCCGCUGCGGCUCGGUGCGGCCGCCCAGCCCUGCGCCGCUGGGGCCCCGCCCGCGCCACGUGUGCUGCUGCCCGGCUGGCCCGCCAGGCCUGUGCCGCACCCUCGCUGGCCGCCCCGCAUGCGCUGCGCCCCAGGCCGGGCAGCGCCAGCGCGGACCUGGCCUACGACACCGUGGCCGCCUUCCCCGCCGCCUUCCUGCUGGUGCUUGCGGCCUAUGUGAGCUUGGCGCGGGUGCUCGCGGCGCCCUCGGGCCCGAGCCCGGCCCUCGCCCCAGACGGUCCAAACCGGCGCGCGGCCAGGACAAUGGUGCUCGGGCACCUGUUGGUCUUUGCCCUCUGCCUGGCGCCCUACCACCUGCUGCUGGCGCCCUGGGUGGCCGGGCAGGAGGACACCGUGGGCCGCGACGACAGAGGGUGCCAGGCCACCUCCACGCUUGACGUCCUGCACACCCUCAGCCUGGCGCUGCUGAGUCUCAACAGCUGCCUGGACCUGCUCAUCUACUGCUUCUCUGUGCGCAGCUUCUGCCAGGACUGCUGGGCUCUGAGCUGCCUCCCGGGGGUAGGGAGGUCCCGGUCACACUCGGUCUCCUCGGCCUCCACGGCCUCCUCCUAGAGGGUCCCCUGGCCUGCUGCCUGCUUCACCCCUGCCACCCUCCCAGUGGCGUCCUGGGUGGUGAAAGCUCUUUGCAAGGACCUAGACUCCAGUCCUGACGCAGCCACAUACUAGCCGCCUGUAGUUGUAAACCUCCGGGCUCUGUCAAAAGGGGAAAGAACAUUCUUUAUUGACCCGAAUGUUUCCUAGACUUUGCCAGUGUUUGGAUACAGAUAAUAUGCCAUUGCUUUCAAAAUCUCUGGGGAUAAACCCCAAAGUCCUAAACAGGGCCUACAAGGGCUAACUGCCUCCUGCUUCUCUCUCAGCAUCCUCUCAUCCUCAUUUUCCCUCUUCUCCUCUACCACAUCUGCCCGUCUCCGUGGGUUGAGUCACCUUAUCAGUCCCUGGAACAGACCAGUUUCCUCCUCUUCAAAGCCUUUGCAGCUGACUGCCAGGAAUGAUGUCCCUCCGUCUCCUUUGCUAAGUUAAUUCCUUUCCAUUCUCACUUCCUCAAACGUAGCUGUAGGGAAGCCUUUGUUGACCAGCACCACAUACACCAUUCCCUAGACUGGGUUAGAUCUGGUUGCUCCUUUAUAGCUCUUUCCACAAUUGCAAUCAAGCAAUUAACUGGUUAGUUCUUUUUUUUUUUUUCUGUUGUUCUUUUUCUCUGUAUUUAUGUCGAUCCAUAAGAGAGUGCCAUUUUUGUAGACCCAAAAGGGUUGAAUAGUGGCAGUUUUAUUUUUAUCCAAUUCAACUUAAUAAAUUCCAUGUUUGUCAUA